CGCGAUCUGCAACACCCACCAUGAUUGGCCAACACGAAAGCGCCCUUUUGGCGAAGCUCCCCUUGGAGAUUCGCUAUCGAAUCUACGAACUGGUAUUCGGGGAUAAGAUUAUCAUAUUCACGGCCGGCUCACAGCCAAAAUUCAGACACUGCCUUUGUACCGCCAGAGGCCAAAAGUGGCAUUUGAUCGACUGGCUGAAUCUCCCCUCGCCGUGGUCUAGGUGCAGUGCCCACGGCAAGCACGAACCAACACCACGCCUUCCGCUGCUUUUGACUUGCCGUCAGAUCUUUUCCGAGUCUGUGCCUAUCCUGUGGUCCCAGAGUCCCGUUCAUGUGCAGCUACACAGAGGCCCGGUUUACCCCGGGCUCCUUUCUGACCUUCAAUCUACUAUAAUGCCUACAAACUUUCAAGCAAUCCGCUCGCUUGAGGUCUCAUUUUUACAUCCCGUACUCGGGACUAGCAUUCAAACCCUUGAUGACCGGUGGUUUAGCUGGUGGACGGAAACAUGGGAUGUGAUUAAAGGAAUGAGGGGUCUGGUGUACCUCCAGGCCUGGAUAAAGAUGCACCAGGAACCCAGAGAAGACUAUGUGACUGCUGAACAAGAGGCAAAACUGUUUGCACCAUUGAUGGAACUAUAUUGGCUCCGAGGCUUUAAGGUCGAGGUAACAUGGCCACCAACUGAGGGCUCGGAAGACUUGCUUCGUGGUGCGCCGUUUGAUCUUGAUAGGAAUAACGAUCCAAUACCUGGGAAGCCCGUAGUUGCUGACUACGUGUCAAUUAGAGCAAGGCAGGUUCCGGGGUGAUGGAACCGAGCAAUACUAAAUUGACAGGCAUAAAAAGAGUGAAACAAACAACUUUCCCCAGGUGGAUACCUUGCACGAUCAAUCACGCGUUCCAGAGUCUCUUAACCGCCUGUUCAAACCUCUUUGCUUUAUCCCCAAUAGACACAGCCAUGCCAUCUUUGUUGAAUGUGAAGUGAUCAUCCUGAAUUCUACGCACACCUGGUUAUCAUUAGUACCGGAAUAAACAGUACAACGGCACGAAUAGGCUCACCCAAAGCAAGAAACGC